AUGGUGUCGCAUCAGACUAUUCGGAAAAGAAGGGCGGUACAAAAUCAACUGGUUCGAUUGAUAUUUGCCUGCCCCCUAAAAGACUGUCAGACUGUUUGUCCGGACGAGGUCUCGUUCCAGGCUCACUUCAAUCGACAUUUGUUUGGCUACUUGCCUGGGGAUUUGAGUGGAUUGUUCUCAUCCGAACCGAUCGUGGCCACCGGAUCGGAAACCACCAAUCCUGUCCAGCCCACGGAUAAUGCCGUCAAACCGACUGGGACGACUGUACCAAGUGUUGGCGGAGCUUCGGAAAACAACCCCUCCCUGGAAGAUCCGGUGGAACAAUCGAUCGGUGCUUGUACCACUUCUACCCCAGUUCGUCUGUCCUAUCCGACCGGAGAUCGACGGGAUGAAGUUUACCCCAAUCUAACCAGCACCGAUGCGGAUACCGUCCCAUUCCGUUCAGCAUCGACCGAACCACAUUCAUCCCGUGUGGAUCCAGGCGUUAGCUAUGGAAACAUUCAGGCUAUUCCAAGUGUUCCACAGGUUUCCGCGGGCACCACUGCUGCUACCAUUAAGGAGGCUCGUGCACUGUCUGAUACGUCUAUCCUCGUAUUGAGAUCCUCGAACAAUACCCUUCUAGUGGAUGUUCCGGCCUCGGAUGAUGCACCGAUUGAUGUGGGUCAGGAUGAAACAACAGACGUAGUUGUCGGUCCGGAUCGUACACCAACAACCACUCCCCUGAUUGCGUCAACGCAAGCAAUUGCCGAAUCUAGGGUAGACAAGCUGCAUCCAGGCGGACCGGUGAUGGUCGAUUCGGCUUGUCCAACAUCAAUCACGUUUGAUGGAGGUCAUGUGGACCUGACUGAUCAUCGAAAUCUCCUGUCUGCAUUGGAUUUGAUCCCGGACGAUAUACUUAUGGAGCUACUCAAAGAAGAUCGCCCUGGGAUGUGGGGUGAUGCUUCCGGGCCGAGCAAUUUCACCACGUACUCCGCUCCACAUGAAUGGGAUUCACUCGAUUGGCCUGUACCAGAUGACCCCGGAGAAGAUCCUAUCUCCGAAGCCCUGUCCCCUAAUUCACGGCUUUUGAGCCGAGUCGAUUCAUCCUCCACAAUGCCAAUGCCUACGGUCAGUUGUGACAACCUAGAUGAAUUUAGUGCAGUCUCAGCCGCGGAUGCGUCACCUGUACCUAGUUCUACAAAUUGGGUUCCAUCACCCGUGGUGCAUGAAACCUGGUCAUUGGCCGUAGCUAAUGAACGACCCUGUCCGGAAUUGGAAACUGACUCAUCCAAAUAUGAUCGUGAUUUGUCUGCCUCGUUCGACUGUCCUAGUUUGGUUUUGUCGGAUCUCACGGCAGCGUUGAUUCUUCCCGAAGUGGAACGCCGCCUGCGAGCCAAGCACGAGUCAUCUCAACAUAAUCGGUCAAAUAACACCGCACCAACCGGCGUCUCUCCCUGUCUGGUUCCCAUCCCCACAUGUACUGUUGUUCCGGUGGGAGCGGCUCCUGAAAGUGCCUCGGUUCUCCCACAAACACCGGAAAUGGAGGCACGACACACGCGGCCACUGUUAAGCUCCGGGAAGCGUAGGCGAAAUGCAUCUGAGUCCUCACCGACAGCGCGGUACACAGAACAGUGUAUCACAUCUUGUGCGACGCUUCCCUCGAAAUCGGGCAAACACGGAUCUCGACAAACGGAUGCCGAUCAGAUUGUAGUCGGACCCGAGACACUGACUCAUAACUUGGUCCCAAAAGAGAACAAACGCUCCCAUGGAUCUAUGAAGCAAAGGCUCGAGGGUUUCCGCGAUCCUCUGGACACACCAUCAUCACCACCUCAGUCAUUACCAUCCCCACUGUCUCCACAGCCUCGGGUCCGUGCUGUACCUGCAUCUUCGGUUGGUGAAAUACGUUGGGUUGGCAGAGCUAAUUCAUACCAACGCCUUUGUCCUUCGCCGGGAAUGGAGCCACUGGAUGAUGCAGUAUUUCUCUGUUCCACGACACCCACGCUCGGCAGUCAGCGUGACCUAAUCGAUCUCGGUGUUCACGCCUCACCCAAACACUUUGGGGCUCAGCCGAAACGAAGACGUCGCAAACUACCCAAAGUGUACACUGUCAGCUCAGACUUUGCACCUGUGGCUGUCGUGUCAGGCAAGACAAACCUGUCUCGCCGGCAUUCUUUGGUCUAUUGCAAUUUGGUCCCCUCGGCCCAGUCACCACACUAG